CUCCGCCGCAGCCCAGCACUCUGCAGCCAAGCGCACACGGGAGCGCGGCGCGAAGGCGGUGCGGGAGCGUGGGCGCGCAGACGACCGGCAGCCGCGCGCAGGACAUCCUCGGUGGAGCAGCGGCGGCUGGAGCCCCGCAACCUUGGGCUGGGCCCGCGUCCCAGAGCGCCUCCGGGGAGCUAGGACUACAGGAGGCGGAGUGGCGCCUGGCGAGCUAGCGCCCGGCGAGUGGAAGACCAUGGCCAAAAUGGAGGUGAAAACGUCACUUCUGGACAAUAUGAUUGGAGUUGGAGAUAUGGUUCUUUUAGAACCUCUCAAUGAGGAGACCUUCAUCAACAACCUCAAGAAGCGUUUUGACCAUAAUGAAAUCUAUACAUAUAUUGGAAGUGUGGUUAUAUCUGUUAACCCCUACCGGUCCUUGCCCAUCUAUUCUCCAGAGAAAGUGGAAGAUUACAGAAAUAGAAAUUUUUAUGAACUAAGUCCACACAUCUUCGCCCUGUCAGAUGAAGCAUACAGAUCCCUCCGAGAUCAAGAUAAAGAUCAAUGUAUUCUCAUUACAGGGGAAAGUGGAGCAGGAAAAACAGAGGCCAGCAAGCUUGUCAUGUCCUAUGUGGCAGCUGUUUGUGGAAAAGGAGCAGAAGUUAAUCAAGUCAAAGAGCAACUUUUACAAUCCAACCCAGUCCUGGAAGCUUUUGGAAAUGCCAAAACUGUAAGGAAUGACAACUCCUCUAGAUUUGGCAAAUAUAUGGAUAUUGAAUUUGACUUUAAAGGUGAUCCACUGGGAGGAGUGAUAAGUAACUAUCUUUUAGAGAAAUCUCGGGUCGUUAAGCAGCCAAGAGGUGAAAGAAACUUCCAUGUGUUCUAUCAGCUGCUCUCUGGUGCCUCUGAAGAGCUCCUUCAUAAGCUUAAGCUUGAGCGGGAUUUCAGCAGAUACAACUACCUGAGUCUGGACUCAGCCAAAGUUAAUGGAGUGGACGAUGCAGCCAAUUUCAGAACUGUCAGGAAUGCCAUGCAGAUUGUGGGCUUUAUGGAUCAUGAAGCCGAAUCUGUCUUGGAGGUGGUGGCAGCAGUGUUGAAACUGGGGAACAUUGAGUUCAAGCCUGAAUCUCGAGUGAACGGUUUAGAUGAGAGCAAAAUUAAAGAUAAAAAUGAGUUAAAAGAAAUUUGCGAGUUGACUGGCAUUGAUCAGUCUGUUCUAGAACGAGCAUUCAGUUUCCGAACAGUUGAAGCCAAACAGGAGAAAGUUUCAACUACACUGAAUGUGGCUCAGGCUUAUUAUGCCCGUGAUGCGCUGGCUAAAAACCUCUACAGCCGGUUAUUUUCAUGGUUGGUAAAUAGAAUCAACGAAAGCAUUAAGGCACAAACAAAAGUGAGAAAGAAGGUCAUGGGGGUUUUGGACAUUUAUGGCUUUGAAAUUUUUGAGGACAACAGUUUUGAGCAGUUCAUUAUUAAUUAUUGUAAUGAAAAGCUACAGCAAAUCUUCAUUGAGCUUACUCUUAAAGAAGAGCAGGAGGAGUACAUACGGGAGGACAUAGAAUGGACUCACAUUGACUACUUCAAUAAUGCUAUCAUUUGUGACCUAAUAGAAAAUAACACAAAUGGAAUCCUGGCCAUGCUAGAUGAAGAGUGCCUGAGGCCCGGCACAGUCACUGAUGAGACCUUCUUAGAAAAGCUGAACCAAGUAUGUGCCACCCACCAGCACUUUGAGAGCAGGAUGAGCAAGUGCUCCCGGUUCCUCAAUGACACGUCUCUGCCGCACAGCUGCUUCAGAAUCCAGCAUUACGCUGGCAAGGUGCUGUACCAGGUGGAGGGAUUUGUUGACAAAAACAAUGACCUUCUCUAUCGAGACCUGUCCCAAGCCAUGUGGAAGGCCGGCCAUGCCCUCAUCAAGUCUUUGUUCCCUGAAGGAAACCCUGCCAAAAUCAACCUGAAAAGGCCCCCAACAGCAGGGUCACAAUUCAAGGCAUCUGUGGCCACGCUGAUGAAAAACCUACAGACCAAGAACCCAAACUAUAUCAGGUGUAUCAAGCCGAAUGAUAAAAAAGCAGCACACAUCUUCAAUGAGAGUCUAGUAUGUCAUCAGAUCAGAUACCUGGGUCUUUUGGAGAAUGUCCGAGUGAGGCGGGCAGGCUAUGCCUUCAGGCAGGCCUAUGAACCUUGCCUAGAGAGAUACAAAAUGCUUUGUAAGCAAACAUGGCCUCACUGGAAAGGACCAGCAAGGUCUGGUGUGGAGGUUCUGUUUAAUGAAUUAGAGAUUCCUAUAGAAGAGUAUUCCUUCGGUAGAUCAAAGAUAUUCAUCCGAAACCCAAGAACAUUAUUCAAAUUAGAAGAUCUGAGGAAGCAGCGGCUGGAAGACUUGGCCACUCUCAUUCAGAAGAUUUAUCGGGGCUGGAAAUGCCGCACACACUUCCUGCUAAUGAAGAAAAGUCAAAUUGUGAUUGCUGCGUGGUACAGGAGAUAUGCACAACAAAAGAGGUAUCAGCAGAUAAAGAGUUCUGCCCUGGUAAUUCAGUCAUAUAUCCGGGGUUGGAAGGCUCGAAAAAUCCUACGGGAACUGAAACAUCAAAAACGCUGUAAGGAGGCAGCCACAACCAUUGCCGCCUACUGGCAUGGGACCCAGGCGCGAAGGGAACUGAGACGGCUGAAGGAGGAGGCUAGGAAUAAACAUGCUAUUGCAGUUAUUUGGGCUUACUGGCUUGGAUCUAAGGCUCGAAGGGAAUUGAAACGCUUGAAGGAGGAGGCUAGGCGUAAGCAUGCGGUUGCUGUCAUUUGGGCUUACUGGCUUGGACUGAAGGUACGUAGGGAGUACAGGAAGUUCUUCAGAGCUAAUGCUGGAAAGAAAAUCUAUGAGUUUACGCUUCAGAGAAUUGUGCAAAAAUACUUCUUGGAAAUGAAAAAUAAGAUGCCUUCCUUAUCGCCAAUAGACAAGAAUUGGCCAUCCAGACCUUACUUAUUCUUGGAUUCUACUCACAAGGAACUAAAAAGAAUUUUCCACUUGUGGAGGUGUAAAAAAUACAGGGACCAGUUCACAGACCAGCAGAAACUUAUUUAUGAAGAGAAACUAGAAGCCAGUGAGCUCUUCAAGGAUAAGAAGGCUUUAUACCCAUCUAGCGUUGGUCAGCCAUUCCAAGGAGCUUACCUGGAAAUCAACAAGAAUCCCAAGUACAAGAAACUCAAAGAUGCCAUUGAAGAAAAGAUCAUCAUUGCUGAAGUUGUGAACAAAAUUAACCGUGCUAAUGGGAAGAGUACAUCCCGAAUUUUCCUCUUAACAAAUAAUAAUCUCCUUCUCGCUGAUCAAAAGUCUGGACAAAUCAAGUCAGAGGUUCCCCUGGUGGAUGUGACCAAGGUGUCAAUGAGCUCUCAAAAUGACGGCUUCUUCGCUGUCCACCUCAAGGAGGGCUCAGAAGCAGCUAGUAAAGGAGACUUUCUCUUCAGCAGUGACCACCUGAUUGAAAUGGCCACCAAGCUGUAUCGCACGACUCUCAGCCAAACCAAACAGAAACUCAAUAUUGAAAUUUCUGAUGAGUUCCUGGUACAGUUCAGGCAGGACAAAGUAUGUGUGAAGUUCAUUCAGGGCAGCCAGAAAAAUGGGAGUGUCCCAACGUGCAAACGAAAAAACAACCGUCUCCUUGAAGUUGCUGUCCCCUAACUGGUUUCUCCUUUCUGCUUUCAUGGACUCCUUGUAAUAGUGCAAUUUUGUUUUGUUUUAUUUUGUUUUAUUUGGGGUUCAUUGUAUGUUUGGAAACUGCCAAAGGUUAACUGUUAGAGUCCCUUGGCAAAAUAAAAAUAUCUGACUAAUCAAUUUUUAUUAUUGUAAUAGUUUAACCCUUAAAUACACAUUUUGUCCAGGGGCAGGAUUGUAGAAACUAACCGUGUCUGUUUCUGUCAUACGUUUUCUCUUUAGUUACCAUUUUAGAUAGGUGUACCCCAAAAACAGUGUAUUACUCAUAAAUCAUUAACACAUGUAAGUGUAGGAAAUGGUCUUAAAAGAUAGUACAUUCAUUUAUCAAAUAUUUAUUGAAUGCCCUCUCUAUGCUGGGCACUGUGCUAAAUGAUAUAAAAACUUACUAGGAGCCUUUUUACUUUUAAGGCCAUUGCAUUCUGACUGGUUUGUGCUGGUUUAACAACAGCUGAGAAGGUUUGACAAGAUGGAGACCAAAAUAAUAACUGCUAAUGAUGGAUAGCAUUGGUUGGAACCCUGUAACAUGAUCAUAAACAAUACAUACUUCAAGAAGGGCUGGUCCUGGAAGAAAUAGAAAUAUGACUGGGUAAAACCCCUCUACAUCUUUUUCUAUUGGAAAAAUGAAAACUGACGUUUUAUUUGUUCAGAUCUCCUAUAAUUACUUUUAACAGUGGAAAACAGAAGUCCUUCUUAUUUUAGGAACAGUGACAGUAGCAGUCUGGUAAGACUGUUUCUGUUUCUGGUGAACAUCAUAUAGGAUCCUAGUAUGUUAAUAUCUGCAAUGUUGGUGUCACUGGAAUUGUAAUGGCUAUUUUCCCAGCUAACUUGGUGAAGUAGGCUGAAAGCCUCUCAGAGAGUGCCAGACGUUCUGCAUGAUGUGCAAUAAACAUCCAAGAUCUUUUUUGAAAGUUUUAUUUAUAGUAUACAUUUUUGUAUGAGAGCGGUGGUUGGUACAGGGUGCAUAUUUUAGUCAAGGAUCAAAACUAAGUUUGUGUUAAUUUGCAGGGCUUUUUUUUUUUUUUUUUUUUUCCUUUCAAAUUUACAAUAAGGAUUCAUUUGGGGAAUUAUAUUUUAAAUUUUGAAAUCAAAUUGUUUCUUAUUUGGGAGGAUAAUGUACAUAUCUUGGUAUCUUGUUAAAUAAUAAAAUUGUUCUAAUUUGGUGCCA